AUGGAGGGGCGCGCGAACUCCCCGGGUGAGCCACGCGCCUGGCCCACCCGGUCCGUGCUGUGCCGCGGCUGCGUGGAGCCACUCGUCUUCCUCGCCAACUUCGCCUUGGUCCUGCAGGGCCCGGUGACCACGCAGUACCUGUGGCACCGUUUCAGUGCAGACCUUGGCUAUAAUGGCACCCGUCACAGGGGCAGCUGCAGCAACCACAGCGUGGACCCCAUCGCGCAGAAAGUGGAGACACUCACCUCCCACUGGACCCUCUACAUGAACUUGGGCGGCUUCCUGGUGGGACUCUCCUCGUCCACCCUGCUGGGCGCCUGGAGUGACUGUGUGGGCCGCCGCCCGCUGCUGGUGCUGGCCUCCCUCGGCCUGCUGCUCCAGACCGUGCUGUCCAUCUUUGUGGUUCAGCUGCAGCUCCACAUCGGCUACUUGGUACUGGGCCGCAUCCUUUGUGCCCUUCUCGGCGAUUUCAGUGGGCUCCUGGCCGCUGGCUUUGCCUCCGUGGCUGAUGUCAGCUCCAGCCGCACCCGUACCAUCCGAAUGGCCCUAUUGGAAGCAUGCAUUGGGGUGGCAGGGAUGCUGGCGAGUUUCACUGGUGGCUACUUGCUCCAGGAGCAGGUUUAUGUCAACCCCUUCUGGCUCGCCUUGGCCUUGCUGACCGUCAUGACUCUCUAUGCAGCAUUCUGCUUCGGUGAGACAGUGAAGGAGCGGACACCUACCCGUCUCUUCACACUCCGUCACCACCGAUCCAUCAUCCAGCUCUAUGUGACCCAGGCCCCGGAGAAAUCCAGGAAGCACUUAGCCCUGUACUCACUGGCCAUCUUUGUGAUGAUCACUGUGCACCUUGGGGCCCAGGACAUCCUGACCCUCUAUGAGCUGAGCGCACCCCUCUGCUGGGACUCUCGGCUGAUCAGCUACGGUUCUGCAGCUCAGCAGCUCCCAUACCUCACCAGCCUGCUGGGCCUGCGGCUUCUGCAGUACUGCCUGGCCGACACCUGGGUGGCUGAGAUCGGCCUGAUCUUCAAUAUCCUGGGGAUGAUGUUCUUCGCAUUUGCUACCAUCACACCCCUCAUGUUCACAGGAUACGGGCUCCUCUUCCUGUCAUUGGUCGUCACUCCUAUCAUCCGGGCCAAGCUCUCUAGACGGGUGAGGCAGUCGGAGCAGGGUGCUCUCUUUUCUGCUCUGGCCUGUGUGAAUGGCUUGGCCAUGCUGAUGGCCUCUGGCAUCUUCAACUCACUCUACCCAGCCACCCUGAACCUCAUGAAGGGCUUCCCCUUCCUCCUGGGAGCUGGACUGCUCUUCAUCCCGGCCAUCCUGAUGGGGAUACUGGAAAGGGAUAAUCAUUGCCCUGAAUUCCAGGAGUUUUCCCAGAGCCCCUGA